GACGUCACUCACUCCAUUGUGCAUUGUGUCUGACAUUCCAUCGCUGAGUGAUGCAAUCUCAGCUUGCAUCAUAAGACGUACUACUAAAUUUCCAGGCAAGCAUGUUUUGGCAAGUUGGAGCUAAACUCUACAGGAGCUUGGCACACCUCUGUGGUUUAACCAGUUGAGCAUUUAGUAAAACACUCUUUCAUGAUGAUACAGGAAGAAAUGUUACAGAGCUUUUGCUCAAGACACCAGUUAAGUAGAGGAGAGAGAAGCAUCUACAUUAUUCCUGGUUGCUGUGAAUGCGUGAAGCACAAUGGCCAAUGUUAAACAGCAGCUCAAGAACUCACUGGAUGAACUGGUAGAAGCUGAACUAAAGGACUUUCAGUGGUGUUUAAUGAAUGACCAUGGAUGUGUUUCAAAAGCUGAAAUGGAGAAUGCAGACCGGUUGAAGACGGUGGAUAAGAUGGUGUCAUGUUUUGGACCAAAAGGUGCUGUGAAGAUCACAGUGGACACCCUGAGGAAAAUAAAGCAGAAUGACUUGGCUGAAGAGCUGGAGAAUACACAGAAGCAAGGCUCAUCUUCAGAUCAGUGUAAAACACCUGUUGAUGAUACGGACCUCAACCUCAGACUAAAAAAAAAGCUCAUGCUGGACUACAAGAGGAUAUUAGUUAAUAAUUCACAGACAGGUCGGCGGAAAUGCCUGAAUGAUAUUUACACUGAUUUAUACAUGGUGGAGAACGAGACUGGCGGAAUAUUGUGCGAGCAUGAGGUGAGGCAGAUUGAAUCAAGUUACAACCGACCGACUACCGAAGACACGCCAAUCCAGUGCAAGGACAUUUUCAAAAUCCACCCUGAUACGGGUCUACUAAACAGAAAAGUGCUGACUAUGGGAAUCGCAGGGGUGGGGAAGACCUUCUCUGUCAAUAAAUUCAUCCUUGACUGGGCGGAGGGUGAAGACAAUCAGGAAAUAGUCUUCAUAUUUCCACUGCCGUUCCGCAGACUGAAUCUGAUUAAGGAAGAGUGCAGUCUCAUGGAACUGCUGAACAAAUACUUCUUCAUUAGAUCUGAAGAAUUGCUCUCUCUUCCAGAGGAAGAUGGUAAGGUCUUGUUUAUCUUUGAUGGACUGGAUGAAUGUCGCUUCCCCCUGAGAUUUGAAGACUGUGAAGAAUUUGAAGAUGUUGGUCAAAAAACAACUGUGGAUAAGAUAGUUAUCAAUCUAAUAAAGGGACAUCUGAUGUCUUCUUCCCUCAUCUGGAUCACAUCCAGACCAGCAGCAGCCAGUGUGAUACCCCGAGACUACAUUGAUCAGGUGACAGAGGUGCGAGGAUUCAAUGAUGAACAGAAGGAGCAGUACUUCAUCAAAAACAGCAGUGCUGAGGUUGCUGGAAACAUCAUCAGUCACAUCAGGAAAUCCAGGAGUCUGUAUAUCAUGUGCUACAUCCCUGUCUUCUGCUGGAUCUCUCUCACUGUUCUUCAGCCUCUUCUGGCUCGAGAGUGCAGUGAAAAAACACCCACAACUCUCACAGGGAUGUACAUCAACUUCUUGCUUACUCAGCAACAGCUGAUGGAAAAGAAAUACAGCCAUGAUCGUGACUCUAAAGUCAAUGCCAGGUGUUUUGAUGACAUUGUUCUGAAGCUUGGGAGACUGGCUUUCCAACAGCUGGAGAAAGGAAAUCUGAUUUUCUACAAAGAGGAUCUUCAGGAGUGUGGGCUAGACGUCAGUGAGGGGACAGUGUUCUCUGGGUUAUGUACUCUGAUGUUCCAGGAAGAAAAGGUUUCAGCUAGAAAGGUUUACAGCUUCAUACAUCUCAGCGUUCAGGAGUUCCUCGCCGCUCUCUAUGUGUUUUACAUCACCAACAACAAGAAAAGAAACCCAUUUCUUGAUUCCUGGAAAAAGCUGACAUGGAAACUGUCUGAAAAGCCCCUGUUUAGACUUCAUAAAGCUGCAGUCAAGAAGACUUUACAAAGCAAGAAUGGACACCUGGACCUUUUCCUCCGCUUCCUGCUGGGUCUCUCACUGGAGUCUAAUCAGAGUGACCUGAAGGAGCUUCUGCCAGAACUGAAGCUCAAAACUGAGAACAUCAAAGACACGACUGACUAUAUCAAAGAGAAAAUAGAGGAGGAGAAAUCAGCAGAGAGGACCAUCAACCUCUUCCACUGUCUGAAUGAACUGAAGGAUGACUUUGUGGAGGACCUCCAGAAGAGUCUGAGCUCUGGAAAUCUCACAUCACAGGAUCUGUCCUCUGCUCAGUGGUCGGGUCUGGUGUUUGUGCUCCUGAUGUCAGAAGAGACUCAAGAGAAGUUUGAACUGCAGAAGUACAGAAGAUCUGAUGAAGCACUGAUGAGACUGAUGCCAGUGGUCAAGAACACCACAAGAGCACUGCUACAGUGCUGUAAUCUCUCUGUUCAGUGCUGUGAGAGUUUGUCUUUAGCUCUACAAUCCUCAAACUGUGUGCUGAGAGAGCUGGACCUGAGUAACAAUGACCUGCAGGAUUCAGGAGUGAAGAUUCUCUUUGAUGGACUGAUGAGUCCAGAUUGUAAACUGGAGAUACUGAGAUUGGUCUUGUGCAAAUUCAAUCCUCAGUCCUGUGAGAGUUUGUCCUCGGCUCUACAAUCCUCAAACGGUGUCCUGAGAGAGCUGGACCUGAGUAACAAUGACCUGCAGGAUUCAGGAGUGGAGAAGCUCUCUGGUGGACUGAAGAGUCCAGACUGUAAACUGGAGAUACUGAGGUUGUCUGGCUGUAUGGUGACAGAGGAAGGCUGUGGUUUUCUGUCUUCAGCUCUGACUUCAAACCCCUCACACCUGAGAGAGCUGGAUCUGAGCUACAAUCAUCCAGGAGAUUCAGGAGUCAAGCUGCUCUCUGAACAACUGGAGGAUCCACACUACACACUGGACACACUCAA